AUGGAUGCCUUCCAGAAGAAAACACUGAAGACCUCGCGUGGGUAUACAUACGCUUACUACGUGGCCGAUGGGAAUAAGUCGCUCCCAACUCUUCUCUUCCAUCAUGGCUGGCCCGACCAUGCAGCCAUGUGGAAAGACGUUGCCACAGGGCUCCGGUCAACAAACCAUCCCAUGAUCAUCCCAGAUAUGCUUGGAUACGACGGUACAGAUAAGCCAACCGAUCCCGCUGAGUACCGUUUCGACAGGAUGUGCAAAGACAUCACCGAGAUUCUCGAUGCCGAAGGUUCGCCCAAGGUGGUUUCAAUAGGUCACGAUUGGGGCUCGAGCGCCGCUUCUCGCCUUUACAACUUCUACCCCGAUCGAGUCGUUGGCCUCAUCAAUCUCAAUGUUCCGUACAUGCCUCCCAGUGGUGAUGAGUUCAAUCUCGAAAAGGUCAACGCCAUGACCCAGCAAGUGUUUGGUGCACCGAUGUUCUCCUACUGGGGAGUUCUCGCCGCCCCGGACGGCCCCAAGUUGCUGUACGAUAAUCUUGAACGUACAUUCCGCGCGCAACACGGCGAAGGGAAAACAUUGGCCGAUCUUUUCACUGUUCCUGAUGCUUUGAGGAACUACCUCAUCAAUGGCGGUCACGAGCACAAGCUGCGCCCGUAUGCCCAGGAUCCGGCGUUCAAGAAGACAUUCAUCGACCGUAUGACACGUGACGGCUUCGAAGGCCCACAGUGCUGGUACCUUGUUACAAAAGAUAACCAUCAGAGUGCAAGCGACAAGACUGUUCCAGCUGAAAGGAAAGUUGUCAAUGUGCCAGCGCUGUACCUAGGGUGCACAGAUGACCCUGUUUCUCGACCAGAGAUUAUGACGCCAUACAAGGAACAGUUGUUGCCUAACUUAGAGGAGGCGGAGUCGAUUGAUGCGGCGCAUUGGGUUCCAUAUGAGGCGCCUGACGAGGUCGUUAAGAGGAUCGCGCCGUGGUUGAAGAAAAAUUUCGGGAAACAGUAG